CGCGCAAAGGUAGCAGGAACUCUUUAGGUUCCCCUGAAAAAGUUGUUGAUAAACAAAAGUACAAGUUCCAAAACCAGCAACUGUAAACGACCGAGCUAAUGUUAUUCUAUUUUUGGCUCAUGAUAGCUUGGUAUAGAUAGCUAUAUAAAAGGUUAUUUGUUUUGGAGUAUCCAGACGAGAACAACCCAGGACCGAUGAUGGAUAUCGAGGGUUCAUCUGUCCCCGUCUUCUCCCUUUGUCUUCUGGCCCCGCCUCUACGCCUGAUGUCGGCUGCGAUGUGGAAGGCGAUGUUACAGCAGGACGUGAGCCAGUAUGGGAGGCUGGAGGAGUGUAUAACCUCUAUCUGUCACAGUGUUCCCGGGCUGCUGGACUAUAGACACUAUGUCAAGCUAGUACUGGGCCUGAGGUCUCGGUUGAUUUUAGAGUUGUGCCGGGACCCUGAAGCGCUUGCCACAACAGCCAUCCUCACACAUCUAGAAAGGCUACCAGCGCUAGUCCAGUCUGCCCCUAACAGGCCGAAAAGGGAUUUGAAAGUUGAAAUGACAUUAAGCAACUUCGAGAAUUUAGUCCAGACCCUCCUUGAUGACCCUGAAGAGAGAGAGCUAUUUUACCAGGAAGAGUUUCCCAAACAGUAUGGCGCACAAUAUGACCGAGCCCUGGAGAAACUUAUGUGGGAGUUCUUGAGCAGACUGGACCAACUAUUACCAGUUCCAGAUUUGGCACAGACGGUGUCGUGGCUGGCGAAUGCCCCGGCGGUCCUCGACGAGUGUGCCAAGUCCGCUACUCCGCCUCAGCUCCUCAGAAACCUCCUGCAGCAUGAGCUUGUCCUCGGUCAUACUGGCCCAGGGGUAUCCAUACCUCCCCGCUCAGGAGAUGAUGUCUACUCAACGUCCCUCCCUCCCUCUGGCCAUAUCCAAGAAACUCAUCAGCCAGGAUCUGACCAAACUGCCGGCCGCUCAGUUCCAUCGCCACCAAAGUCCUAUCAACAACAACAGAGGCAAACCAGUUCACCCAUCGACCCUGUGAUUGGCUCCAUAUCGUUGAUGGACAUCCAGUCAGCUGUAGCAUGUGCCGGGCUCAGAGAGAAGGGUUGUCACCCUGAGCUCACCUCACAUUGUGAUGUGGAACCUGACGCACCAGCCCAAGGCUUCACCAACAUCAGACAGAGAACUCAUUCAAGACCUGCCGAGGCUGCUGGGGAAGAGGAGGGACAUGUCCGGAGCGAGAAUGACCAUGUCCGGAGCGAGAAUGACCGCAUCAGAGUCCAUGACUGUAGAGUGGUCCAUCAGAAGAGGGGAUGA